AACCAACCACCUUCAAGGCCACAAAUCCUAGCCCCCUUCUACAUUUUUGUUCUUCUUUUUUUUAUUUUUUCACACCUCAAUGAUCGCCUUCUGCGACCCAAUUCAUCUUCCGACGUGCCAUGCGGCGGCUCCGCCAACUCCCAAUCGUUCUUCCUAAUCCCGCCGCCGCUGCUCCUCCUUUGCGCCGCUCUAUCCGUUGGGCUAACGCCGCCGUUAUCGAAGACACCGUCUUUCAAGAAGUUGGAGAUAAGCAGAACUUGGAUACCGCGGUGCCCCGACUUCCUGCUUGCCGCUUGUCCGUUCCUUUUGUCGUCUGCGUCCUGCGCAAGUUCCGCAGGAAACCUUGCGCCGCUCUCGCUUCCUUCAAGGUGUUUGAGAACCUCGGCUUCCGACACACUCUUUGCACUUUUGCUGAACUCGUUCGCAUUUUGGGAGAAGCUGAUCGUCGGAAUCGGUUGGUAGAAGUUUUCUCCGAUAGGUUUGUUGUCAGCCAAGGAAGUUUGGAUUUUGGGGUCUCUGCCCUCUUUGAUGUCCUUCGUUGCAAUUCUACUAGCACUGAUACGCUCGUUGUGGUCUUCGGUGCGCUUGUUAAGGCAUAUACGCUCUGCGGCAUGUAUAAACAGGCCACCGAGGCGUUCUGUCAGCUCCCAGAACUUGGUUUCGUUCCUUCAAUGAAGCUUUGUAGUUACCUAAUGAAUUGCCUCGCAGAAAAUGGCAACUUACAUAUGUUACUGCAGGUGUUUGAUACAUUGGAGAUGCUUGGAAUGCAUCCGGAUGUUUACAUGUUCACCAUAUUGAUCAAGGCAAUGUGUCAAGAGGGAAAGUUGGAUGAGGCGUUGAGUGUCUUGAAUGUGAUGAAGGAAGUUGGUGUUCAGCUCGAUCAAAUUACUUGCCAAACGGUUCUAGAAGGAAUGUGUGCCAAUGAAAGACCUGAUUUGGCUUAUUUGUUUCUUGAAGAAAUUGCGAGUGAGGGUGUAAUUUUGCCUCUUGUUUCUUAUAACAAAGUGAUUAGCAGAUUGUGUAAGAAGAAUAGAGUUGAAGAAGCAGAAAAUAUUUUGGAAUAUAUGAAGAAAAAUGGAGUGCACGCUGAUGGGUUCAGCUAUUGCUGUCUCAUUCAAGGCCACUGUGGCGGAGGUAAUGUAGUGAGAGCAUUAGAUCUUCGGGAGGAGAUGAUCUCAAAGGGUAUUAGGAAGGAUCAUGUUGCAGUUAGCAUCUUAAUUCAAUGUUUCUGUAAGAGGGGCAUGGCUUCUGCAGCUUUACAUUACUUAAACAAAGUUAGAGCAUCAGAAAUUUACCAUGAUAAAAUUCUUUACAGUAUUGGACUAGACAUUUAUUGUAAGUUGGGAAAGAUGAGUGAAGCAGUAAACUUGCUUGAUGAGAUGGAGAGUCAGGGAAUAGCUCCAGAUAGAAUUCACUUAACAAAUUUGAUAAAAGGGUUUUGCAAGAAUUGUGAUAUCAUCAAUGCUGAAAAAGUGUUCGCUGGUAUGAUGAAGAUCAAUGUGCAUCCUGAUCCCGUGACAUUCAAUAUACUUGCCAAAGGUUUUUGUAAAAAUGGUUUUGUGGACAAGGCAUCUGAUCUUGUACUUUAUAUGAUCAACCAUGGCGUACAACCUACUGAAAGGACCUAUCAUUUGAUAAUUGAUAGGCUCUGCAGAGAAAACAAAUUAGAGGAAGCAGAAAAGUUAUUUAUGUCAUUAGAAGAAAAGGGGAUUGGUCAAAAAUCCCUUCUUCCAAGUGCGAUGGUCUCAGCUCAGAUAGAACUUAAUAAUACAAAGGAGGCCUGUGCACUUUUUAUCUGGCUAUCUAAGCAAGGGCAUCUUGUAAAUGAGAUUGCCUGCUCAAAGCUUGUAAGUGAGCUGUGUAAUAAGGGAGAUUUAAGGACAGCUUCAAUGGUGAUUAAGACUAUGUUAGAUAGGCAUAUUACCCCAGACAAGAUAACCUAUUGUAAACUUAUUGGAGCUUAUUCUCGAGUAGGAGACAUGACUAAUGCUAAGAUUUGGUUUGAGGAUAUGAGGAAACGAGGGGUGUCACCAGAUGUUGUAGUAUAUACUACACUAAUGAAUGGAUACUGCAAGGUCAAUUUCUUGCAUGAAGCUUGCCAGUUAUUUCGUGAGAUGAUUGAAAGAGGAAUUCCUGUUGAUGUACAUGCUUUCACAGUCAUACUGGAUGGCCAUCUAAAGGCAAAUCAUCAUCUAGGUUGGCUGUAUCGUGACAAGAAAGAAUGCAUAAGUGAAAUGAAAUCCAAGUUCUUAAUUCUUUUGAAUAGCAUGAAGGAAAUGGAGAUCAAACCAGAUAUAGUCUGCUAUACUGUUUUGAUUGAUGGUUAUUUCAAGAUGGAAUGUGUUCAGGCUGCUAACAGACUUCUUUCUGAGAUGAUUGCAAGAGGAAUAUUACCAGAUGCCUGCACAUAUACUGCUCUUUUAUGUGGUUAUUGUCACCUCGGUCAAAUUGGUAAGGCUGAAAUGUUGUUGGAAGAAAUGAUACUGAAAGGAGUUAAACCUGAUUUAGUUGUUUUAUCAGUGAUGGCAAGGUGGAACUUGUCACCUAAAUUGUUUCAGUCUGUAGAUCUUCCUUCCGACACUUGAUCAGUCACUGUGUUUGCUUCACUGUAAAGAAUUACUUUUCAGCAGGUACAUGCAAUUUAUAUAUAGUGAUUCAAUGUUCUAAUAUGUACUUUCAUUUGUUUAGAUGGCGAUAGCUAUUGCAGGUUACAAUUAUCUCGGAGGCCAUGGAUGUUGCUGCUUUAAAAGAGCACAGGUCAUACACAUGUGAAUAUGUUAUAGGUUUUCAGCUUAAAAAGUUGGAAAUUGAAAGGGGACCAAUCGUCUCUCUACAUAUAUAUCCAAUUUAAAGGACACAUAUAGAGCGAUAUGGCCUUUGCAUGGAGCUCAAUGAAGUGAUAAGAUGAUGCAGCGAGCCUCAAAUAGUUGGGAACACAGCUUGAUGAUGAAUAGUUAUCUGAUGAAUUUGCAAAUACAAGUCUGUGACAACUCCAGCAUGAUUUGAGAAUAUGCAGAUUUAUCUGCUAUCUAUGGGAUUAGGCCGUCAUACAUGAUGUAAAAGAACGCAGAUUCUUCAUCUGCCAUACUCAUUUCUCUGACGCGAGGACAGGUAGCUGAGUGGACACCCGAACGCUUCCUGCGUUGAGUUCAAUAAACUGAUGCUAUGCAGGUGCGUGUGAAGCAGCUAAGCAUGAAUUAGAGAGACAAGUGCCAAUUCGUGGUCAUUAAUCUGUCGUAAAUAAAUUGUGUUUUUCGUGUCCAAGUAUACAGAACAUUUUAAACUUUUUUUUUUAAA